UGUUGUCCGUCACCCCGGGCUUUGUUACGUCGUCACUUGCUCACCUGGCCGCGAGCGCGUCCUAACCACUGCAGCCCAAAGCGGGGUGCCAGCCGCUGACGCCGCCAUGGUGUCCCCGGUCACUGUGGUGAAGAGUGAGGGACCCAAACUGGUACCCUUCUUCAAGGCUACCUGCGUGUAUUUUGUGCUCUGGCUGCCCUCGUCUAGCCCAUCGUGGAUCAGUGCCCUCAUCAAGUGCCUGCCCAUCUUCUGCCUCUGGCUCUUCCUUCUGGCCCAUGGCCUGGGAUUCCUGCUGGCCCACCCCAGCGCAACACGCAUCUUUGUGGGACUCGUCUUCUCUGCUGUAGGUGAUGCCUUCCUCAUCUGGCAGGACCAAGGCUACUUUGUGCACGGUCUACUGAUGUUUGCUGUGACCCACGUGUUCUACGCCUCGGCCUUUGGUAUGCGGCCAUUGGCUCUUCGGACAGGUCUGGUGAUGGCAGUGCUAUCGGGCCUGUGCUAUGCCCUCCUUUACCCAGGCCUCUCAGGUGCCUUCACCUACCUGGUGGGGGUGUAUGUGGCCCUUAUCAGCUUCAUGGGCUGGCGAGCUAUAGCAGGGCUGCAGCUGGUCGGGGCAGCCUGGCGCUGGACUGAGCUGGCAGCUGGCAGUGGGGCACUGCUCUUUAUCAUCUCAGACAUGACCAUCGCCCUCAACAAGUUCCGCUUUCCCGUGCCCUACUCACGGGCACUCAUCAUGUCCACCUACUAUGCAGCUCAAAUGCUCAUCGCCCUGUCAGCUGUUGAGAGCCGGGAGCCAGUGGAAGACUAUAGGCUGAGCAAGGCCAACUGAGAUGACAGGGUCUGGUCACCCUCUCUCCUCUUGGGGCUGGGGUCCAGACCCUGGGAACCUGCAGGAGCUGGAUCAGGAUGGCUGCAGUGCCAGCCUGGGGCAGCAGGUACCACUGGGGAAUUUACAAGUUUGAGGGGGUAAGCUGGAAAAAGAACUCCCUAGCAAAACCAGCGGUCCAAGACAAUGCUAAGAGCUAAAGGAGCUAGCCCAGUAACUCUUGCUGGAGCCAGAAGUAGAUGUUUCCCCACCUCUACCCCAUCAGGACUUUGAAAGUCCCCCCGGAGGGUGAUGGUGCUCAGCUUCUUAAUUCCCACUUUCUCCUACUAGGUGGAAAAGUCUGAUUCCAUCUCUUAUGCCUAGGACCAACGGCAAUGCUGGGAUCACCCACCCCUACCCUUUCUGAUCUGCACAGAGUUGAGGGAAAGAGGGGAGAAAUCUGUGCUGAGAAGCACCCAGGGCCAGGGCUUGAAGCCCCUUUCACAUGCCUCUAGUUGGGAAGACUGCAUAAGGGUGGAGUCUCCCUUUCCCUCAUCUAUCCUUGCUACUUGAACAAUCUCAGUCUCCAAGUGGUGGGUGGGAAGGUCCAGGGAAGUUAGGAGAGGGAAUUUCCUUGGUCUGGGAGCUUAGGGUACCAAGUUGGCCCCUUCUCUUUCACAGGCCAGCCCAAAGCUCAGGCCCCAUACCACCACCCUCAGACCCUAUCCCCAGGGCUAAGGUGAACAUGCCAAAGGAAGGGGGCCAGCCUGUGUGUGUGUCUCUGUGUCUGUUUGCGUGUGUGUAGUCUGACUCCCAGCCUGCCUAUGUCUUUCUCUGCCAUAUGUCUCUGUCCUGCUGUCUGUCAAAGUCUCAUAGGGAGAGGGCCUCAGGGAACUGCUGAAGGGGUGCUGAGCCUGGCUCAGAGAGCUGGGACUCCCUCCUCUCAAACAUACACUCUUAAUGCUUUCCUCUCUGCCCCUCCUGCGCUGGGAGCAAGAGGAGGGGUCUCCAGUGACACUCUGGGAUCACAAGACCCAAGGCACAUUCAAUGCAAGGGGAGCAAGGAUGGGGCAACUCCAUCCUCUA